CCAGUUAGUAGCAACUCCUUGAUUGGGGCGUAUUCCCCUAUAUUUCCCUAGCUAGCCUGUCUGCCUAUCUAUCUGUCCGUCUCUCUCUCUCCUCCUCCUCCUACUCCUCCUCCUCCUCUUCUCGAUUUCCCCUCUAUCUCUCAUCUCUCGACCCUCCCACUGUCCCUAUAAACGAACCGAAAGGGAAGAAGUAUAAAGAGUAAGACGAAAGCGACGAAGAGUAAGACGGGAAGACCGAACAGAAGAGGGAAAAAGACAUCUGAUUCCGCUGGUACUUUGAUUCGUCACUUGUCCCAAUUAAAUGACGGGCUGCGGCUUGCCAAUCCGCAGAAAACAGCAGCACCAGUACUUUCAUCCCCAUCGACCGCACGCCCAACCGCGACUCCACAUCCAGUCGGAGAAUCCCUCAUAGCCCCAGAGAUAAAUCAUUUGCUCCCCUUCCCCCCCUCCUGCGCACCCACCUAAACCGCCGUAAUCAAUGUUCACGCAACCUACGCCGCCAUCCCCAGGCUUCUUCCCGCCUCUCGCACCCACUACUACAACCGCCUCUACCGCGACUGCUUCCUCUCCCGGCCGGGGUAGCAGGUUACGCGGCUUGAUCCAUCUUCAUCUCUUGUCUCGCGACUCCACCAGCCUCGCCCACCAGAACCGGCCGGCUGCCCACGAAGCACCCGUCGCCACCACAUCCACACCCACACUACUCGCCGCACGGCCCACUGCCUCGCCCACCGCAGCCCAGACGUCGACGUCUGCGGCUCCCCAUGAGGCCGAGUCGGAUCCACAUACCACAACAUCCGACCCAAACAACGAUUUGAGCAGGACUCACCGUCGCCGCACCAGCAGAUUCUCUGAAGCGGCUUCUGAGGCUCUCCUGAACUCGAGGAUAGAGUCCAACACCCAGACUGACGCGGCCGAACAGCCAUCCGACGCACCCGACAUGACGCGGACGCGAUCAGCGACAACGGGCGACCUAACCCACGAUAUGCUACCCACCAUACGCUUCUCGGCCUUCUACGAUACGCGAUCGAAUCGCCCAUCUCUAUCCUUCAGUCCCGUCUCACGCACCCUACCCACGGGCAAGGAGAUCAUCAAGGUCGGCCGGUACUCGGAGCGAGAGAACCACGCUCCCAUACCCAUCAACACACCGUCGGCGGCCCCGGUCGGGUUUAAGAGCAAGGUCGUAAGCCGUCGCCACUGCGAGUUCUGGUACGAGAAGGGGAAGUGGUACAUCAAGGACGUCAAGAGCUCAUCUGGCACGUUCCUCAACCACAUCCGCCUCAGCGCCCCCGGUACCGAAUCCAAGCCCUUCCCCAUUAACGAUGGCGACAUAGUCCAGCUAGGGAUAGACUUCAAGGGGGGCGAGGAGAUGAUUUACCGAUGCGUAAAGAUGCGCAUCGAGCUAAACCGAGGCUGGCAGUCGAAGCCCAACACCUUCAACAUGGCGACGCACAAGCGGUUGCGAGAUUUGACCUCGACAACGGCGUCCUCGGCGGCCCAUGCGCAGGAUUGCUCCAUCUGCUUGAAUGCCAUCGCGCCCUGCCAAUCUCUCUUCGUCGCUCCUUGCUCCCAUACUUGGCAUUUCAAAUGCAUCCGUGAGAUGCUGUCGGGACCGUCGUCGCCGAUAUUCAUAUGCCCGAACUGCCGGGCCACGGCCGACCUAGAUGCCGAGGUGGACGAGCCAUCUGACGAAUGGCAGCAACUAGACUCGGGCGUCGACGACGUCCAGGAAGAGAGGCUGCCGACGGAGCCGGCAUCUCAACCGGUAGACGAGGUCGGGCCGAUUCAAGCGCCGCCGAAUGGCAACAGCAACACAGCCCAGCUGGCACACGACCAUCUUGACAUCGGGGACAUGACGAUGCAUCUCGAUGCCAGCCCGUCGGCCCAGCAUCCUGCGCUGAGACAUACCGUAACAGAGCCGGUCCCGAUACCGAAUGCAACGGCGCGUGCGAGCGCCAAUCGAACCCCGUCGCCGAAUCACCCUCUGGCGAGCAAUCACGAAGGCCCGAUCACGCCGCGCAACGACGCGGGCCCGUGGGUUUUUGAUGGCAACCCGUCGCGGACAAGUCAGGAGAGUGCGAGGCAGAACGGCAUGAGCAGCCUAGACGCCGCCGCCGCCGCCGGAAUCGAUAGAUCGUAGGGUACUGCUCAAAUUCUGUUCUAUGUCAACACCUCGGUGCUGUGAGCGGGCAUGUCCUGUCCUUCCUCGUCAGCGGCCAGGGAGAAGCGAGAGUUUGGGCGUAUAGGCUGGUAGGAUUGCCUCUGCGCAAUCCUAAAUAUAGCCAAAGGAUAUAUAUAAUAUAUAUAUAUAUACGAGGGAUACGCCGCGGCCUGGUAGAGAAAUACUCGACAUCGGCGUCCGAGGUGGCUAUCAACAAAGGCGGCUUACGCACCGCAUCGAAUCUCUCCCAGGCAUAGCGAGCAUAGGAACAGGCGUACCGGAGGGAGAGGGGACGCGGUUAAUAUGAUGCACGUCCAG